AUGGAGGAAAUAAAGCUAUCAGAGCUUAAAGAGAUAAGUAAGGAUUACAUUAAUAUAUUUAUUUCCCUAUAUAGAAUGAACUCAUUCGAUGAGAACGAAAUUAAAGCAAUUUACGAAAUGAUUAAAUGCAAAUUAAUCGAAACAAAUACCGUUUCGGCGACAGAGAUCCUCACAGAGAUAAUAUAUGCAUCAAAAUACAAUAAUCAAUACUUGAAAACAUAUUGGGUAUUAUUCAAAAUGAUUUUUGAAGAAUAUCAAAUUAAAUUCAAAUUCGAUUCUGAUGUUUUUAAGUAUUUUGUUAUUCAAGAGUAUAAAGUCAAUGAUCAAAAUAUUGAUACAAGCAAUGGAUACUCAUUAGAUGUACAUGAAAGAGAUACUAUUUAUAGAGCAAUUAUGGAAGAUGAUAUUGAAUCAUUUAAAUCAUUCACAACAAGAGAUGAAUUUGAUAUAAAUCAAAAGCUUGAAAGUAAGCUAUAUCCGAAAUCAAAGAAUGGACUUUCAUUUCUUGAAUUGUGCUGUUAUCAUGGCUCGAUUAAUUGCUUUCGUUUUCUAAGAUCUGAGUUCAAGUCAAAGAUUACACCUGAGUCACUCCAGCUUUCAUUUUUGGGCAAGAAUGAUGACAUAUUGAAGGAAUGUUUGAAUACAAUUUUGCCAACUCAAAAAUGCAUGAAGUAUGCAAUAAUUUCGCAUAAUGUUGAAUUAGUAUAUUCCUUGGUAAAAGAUUAUAAAUUAAAUAUUGCAGUAGAAGAUUGUUGUAAGUAUAAUAAUGUUGCAGCAUUCUUUCUAUAUUUAUGGAACCAAAACUAUCCUGUUCCGAUCUGGUUUGCAUACUCCGUAUAUUUUAAUAUUGCAGGUCUUUGGGAGUAUUUUGUUUCAGAUGGUGCAGAUGUCAAUUAUCCAUAUCAAUAUGGAAUUACUGCUCUACAUGAAGCUGUAAAUAGUAAUUGCUAUAAAUUAGCUGAUUACCUUAUUUCUCAUGGAGCGGAUGUUAAUGCGAAAGACAACUAUGGAAAGACUAUUCUUCACGUGGCGGCAUUUCAAAACGAUGUUGAAAAAAUACGAUAUUUAAUUUCGAACGGAGCUAAUGUUAAUGCAACUGACAAUAAUAAAAGAACUCCACUUCAUUAUGCAGCUAAAAAUUGUCGAAAAGAAGCAUUUGAGUUCCUUAUUUCGCAUGGUGCUGAUGUGAAUGCAAAAGAUGAAUAUGGAUUAACCCCACUUCACGAUGUAUCAAGUGCUGGAAAUGUGGAUUAUGCAAAAAUACUUGUUUCAAGUGGAGCUGAUGUAAAUCAAAAAAAUAGCGUAGGAUGGACAGCAAUGUAUUAUGCAGUAGUUAAUCAACAUAUAAGAAUUGCAAGACUUCUUGCUUCAUACAAAGCAGAUGUCAAUACCCAAGACGUUCAAGGUAAAUCUCUUCUUCAUUGGGAAACAACCCAUUUUAAUAAAAAAGUUUUUGAAAUUCUUAUCAAGAACAGGGCUGAUGUUAAUGCAAGAGACAAUGAUGGAUCAUCUGUCCUUUGCUAUGCAAUACGUUCUAAAUGUACUGAAAUGGUCUCGUCUCUAUUGUACAAUGGAGCAUAUCCAAAUGAUCAUAUUAACGGGAAAACUGCUCUCCAAUAUACAAUUGAAAAUGGUUAUAUUGAAAUGGCCAGAAUGCUUGUUCAUUAUGGAGCAGAUAUUCCAGAUAAUUUUGACUUCGAAAGUAUUGGUCUUGGUGAUGCAUUAAUGAGUUGUUAUAUUUAA